CUCAAAAACGAAAACGUAAGCGCAAAAUGACAGCUCAAAAUUUACACGCUCAAAGAACUGUCAAAGUGACAUUAGAGUGAGUGAGUGCGUUCGGAAUGUGCAGUCCAGGAUCAUGGUGACACUGAUGCCGUGUAGCUACCUUGGCGGCGCUUCACCGCGCUGCAGCUUGGACCACGCUGAGCCUAAGGCAAAACGGGCGAGACCUGAUACAAGCACCGAUGCGUCUGAGAGAUUAUCAGGGGAAGUCAACACAAGCCCGUGUGAAUCAGAAUCAACAUCAAACUCUCCCCCAUCACUACUACAGGAUGCAUCUCUACCUGCUCUACUAGUCUCAGGCGCAUCAACCCUGUUCCAAAGCACUACGACGACUACCAAUCCGUCGCUGAAUUUGUCAGCUGUCGACAGCUUAUGCUUGCCUGGUAGUUCGGAAGUAGAGAGCUGUAGUUUGGCCAACGGAUGCACGCCGAAUUCGUCACUGGGCGGUCUGGCGCUGCCGUUGACGUCAGCCGGUGGAUUGUGUUCGACCUCCUCGUCGUCUGCGGUUGCCUGGUUGAUGAAUGAAGAUAGUGCGGGUGGAGUCAAAAGCGAGGUGCGCAGCCCUGGGCUGUGCGAGGCGGACGUGGCGUUGUAUGGCGAGGCGCUGCCCUACGACCAAUCCACGUUGCCCUAUCAGUAUUACAAUAGCAUGCAGCAGUAUGGCGGCGGCAGUACCUCUUCGUACGUCAGCUCGCCGCUCUACAAUCAACCCUAUGCCGCGUACCCGCCAGCGCACAACACAAAUAAUAGGUCCUCGUGCAAAGCGACGCCGACGUACCUAAGCGCGUAUGGCGUCAGCGGUGUUGGCGGUGUCUCCAGCACCGGCUUCGGCGCGCAACCAUCGCCGUACUACAGCUCGUACAACGGCGGAUUAAGCCAGUCCUUUCCUGCUACCCAACAGGAUUACAGCAGUUAUGCGGCAGGUUAUGCGGAACAUAACGUGGCUCAGUACAGUGGGUACUACGCUACGCCCAGUUAUUCGCCGUACGUCAGCUCUCCCAGUAGCAGCGGCAGCGCCGGUCACACGUCAUAUCAUUUAGGUGGUGCACUUUCAGAAUCUCCAUCAUCAAUCCUUCCAUCAAUCAACGACACAAGCCCACUGUCUCCUAUCAAAAACGAGAUCCAUGCAGCUAGUCGAAGGUGUCGGGAAAACUCUGGUGAGAGUGCGUCAAGCCGCAGUCGCGGACGCGGUCGCCGCCACACCUCAUCCUCCCCCGCGCAGCACCCACCCGAGCCCAGUACCGAGCGUGUCUUCAUCUGGGACCUUGAUGAGACCAUUAUCAUAUUUCACUCGCUGCUCACUGGCACAUAUGCUACUAAGUACAAUAAGGAUACACAACAAAUAGUUCAAUUAGGUUUUAGGAUGGAAGAGAUGAUCUUCAGCUUGGCAGACACUCAUUUCUUCUUCAACGACGUUGAGGAUUGUGACCAGGAGCACAUAGACGCGGUAGCGGCCGACGACAAUGGCCAAGACCUGUCCGCAUACAACUUCGCAUCUGACGGAUUCCACGCGGGCGCGGCGCCCAACGCUGGCCUCUGCGCGCCUGGUGUCCGAGGAGGUGUCGACUGGAUGAGGAAACUUGCGUUCCGGUAUCGCAAGAUUAAGGAUACUUACAAUAAUUAUAGGAAUAGUGUGGGCGGCCUCCUAGGACCAGCAAAGCGAGAACAGUGGCUGCAACUGAGAGCAGAACUCGAACAGGCUACUGAUAACUGGUUGACGCUAGCCUGCAAGUGUCUCAACAUGAUAAACUCAAGGGAGAACUGCGUAAACGUACUAGUCACGACGACGCAACUCGUACCGGCACUUGCUAAGGUCCUGCUCUUCGGGUUGGGGGGCGUCUUCCCCAUCGAGAAUAUCUAUUCUGCUACAAAAACAGGCAAAGAAACUUGCUUCGAAAAGAUAAAGCAGCGUUUUGGCGAGCGAUGUACUUACGUCGUGAUCGGCGACGGACAGGACGAAGAAGCCGCGGCCAAAGCCAAAAACUACCCUUUCUGGAGGAUAUCCGGACAUUCAGAUAUAGCCGCGUUGUACAACGCACUCGAUAUGGGCUUCUUAUGAUUUGCUGAGAGCCUGGUACUUUUGUUAACAUGCGAUUCCUGUUAAAACCUUGUAAAUUAUUUAAAAUUAAUUAUUUAACAAUGAGCUUUUUAAGGCGACUGCGGAAUUUAUGCCAUUCACAUAAUACGUUCAUAAUGAACAAACAAAUUCGGUUAUUAAGACCGGACAUUCCGACGUAAUGGACUUGCUUUUGAUAUGGGCUUCUUAUGAAUGCUGAGAGCCUGGUACUUUUGUUCUAUGCGUUUCCUGUUAUGAAUGGAUUGAUUGUACAUUAAAAAAAUGCAAUAAGGCUUAGCAAUGUAGGUAUAAAUAAUGCCUCUUCAAAUAAUAAUCAAUUUAUCAAUACAUUGUACAAAUCAGAUAGGAAAUCCGGACGUUCUGACGUAACCGAGUUGCGCUUGAUAUGGCCUUCUUAUGAUUGCUGAGAGCCUGGUACUUUUGUUCUAUGCGUUGGACGUAGUUAAACAAAAAGGAUCCAACAAUGCACAUCCACUUUCGAGAUAAUUAUGGCAGUUUGAAGUAUUCUCUUGUUUUAUUUUCAAAACUUAUAAUGUCAUGUAACUCCAGAGAUAUUUAUUUAUGUUUAUAUUGGAUUUUUUGCUGAUCUACGAGGAGUUAGAUUUACGAACCGUUUGGUACGUAUAACUCAUAAUUUGAUAAUUUUGUGCAUUGGAUCCUUUUUGCUUAACUACGUCCAAUUUGUACAUUAAAAAAUAAACAAUAAGGCAACAACGUAAGUACUAUUGAAUAUUAUAAUGCCUCUUCAAAUAAUAACUAAUUUAUCCAUACAUGACACAAAUGCGAUAGCAAAUCCGUACACUUCUUGUGAUUACUGAAAGCCUGGUACUUUUUUCUAUGCGUUUCGUGCUAUAAAUUGUUUGAACAAGCUGUAAUAUAAUUAUAUACUAUUUGUAUGCCUCCUAAAAUGAUAAAUUUAUUCAUGCCAUGUACAAAUUCGUAUAGAAAAUCCGAACAUUCUGAAUCCGCAUAGCGCUUAAUAUGGGCUUCCUAUGAUUUACUGAGAGCCUGGUACUUCAAUAUUUUGAAUGUGAAUUUGAGUGCAAUUCUAGAUAAUUACCACCAACAUAAUAAAUAUGAGAGUUUAUUGAGUCAACUUAAAAAAGGCAGGUCAAGCAAAACUUACAAUAUCCUUUUAUAAAUAAGCUUUUAAGUCGUAAAAAUUUUACGAAAACAAAUUAAUUAUUGUUGAGAAAAUAUACAGUAAACGUCACUUCAAUAUCUAAACAGUUAGGUCAACUUUUAAUUUAAGUUGUUAUGAUGUUCUGAUACCGACAUGUCACCAACAUCAUCAACCCCGAUACUCGUCUGGCAAUCCCUUCCGACCUCUGCAAUAAUGUAUAAAACAUUAAUUGUGAUCGUCAAUUUCCGCCAAAACACGAAUAGCUCCGAAGCUUGGACUUAGAAAAUAAUUUCGCGAUGUUGUCAAAAAGACAUUACGAUCUAUGACGAACUACGUAUCGCGCUCGUUUCACAUUCAUAGUAUUUAGGGCGUGUGUUAACCCAGCGUGUUCGUGGUCGAGUUUUCGAAAUUUAACUAGUCAGAUAAAAGUCACCAUUUAGUGGGUUCUAGUCACAAAAAGCUAAAUUUAGUCGGUCCGCCGUUCAAAAGUAUUAACGGUGUUUUACUGUCCACUCUGGAAUAAGCUUAUUCCAGCGGCAUCAUUUCUCAAUCUCAAGAACCAAAACACUUAGCUUCGAUUUGAUUGCACUAAAAAAUAGUCGUGAUUUAAUCCAUUCUAGUCGUAAAAAACUACAUUUAGUCGCUAUGCCGUUUUGAAGUUCUAAGGAUGUUAUACCGUCCAUCCUGGAAUAAGGUUAUUCCGGCGGCGCUAUUUUUGAAUCUCGAGAACUUCCUUAAAUACAUAUUAUUCAUUAUG